AUGAAUGAAAUUUGCGAAACUGUACUAUCGCAAAAAGGUGGUACUAAAAUAAAUGUUCACGACUACUUGAUGACACUGGAAUUCUGCUGUAAGAAUAAUUAUUACUGGGCUUGUGAUAAAAAAAAGAACAGGUGCAAGGGUCGAGCAGUCACACAACUAUAUAACAAUAUAUAUUACCUUAAACAAUUUACUAUUCAUGAAUUUCAUGCACCUGAAUCACAUAAUGCUGAAGUCGCAAAGUUUUCUUCUGAAAUUAAGCGCCAAGCACGAGAAACGCCUUCUAAAAUAAUACAGGAAAAUAUUAUUAAUACACCUGAAGCAAUUAGACUAUAUCUUUCUUCAACAAACGCUUGUCAUAGAAAAAUUCAACAUGUAAGACAUGCAGGAUUACCACCUUAA